AUGGCGGCCCUCUACGUCCCGCUCCGCGUCAUCGCCUCCCGCCCGCGCGCCCCCACCCUGCGAGUCCUCCUGCCGCUCCACGCCCACCUUCUCACCUCCGGCCGCCUCGCCUCCGCCCCCGCCAUCCUCACCACCCUCGUCUCCCUCUACGCGCGCGUCCCGGCCCUCCACCCCGUCGUCCACCACCUCCUCCCGCCGGCCUCCCCGCUCCCCUGCUUCAACGCCGCGCUCUCCCUGCCCUACCCGCUCGCGCUCCGCGUCUUCGGCCGCCUCCGCGCCGCCCACUUCCCCGACUCCUUCUCCUUCCCGCCGCUCGCCUCCUCCGCCCCGUCCCCGCCCCACCUCCUCGCGAUCCACGCCCUCUCGCUCCGCUGCGACGUCGCCCACGACCUCUUCUGCGCCAGCGCCCUGCUCCGCGGCUACCUCAGGUUCGGCCUCGCCGACCACGCACACCGCCUGUUCGACGAAUUGCCCCUCCGGGACGUCGUGGUCUGGAACGCCAUGGUCAACGGGUUCGCCAAGCUCGGCUGCUUCGACCGCGCCAUGGAGUGCUUCCUGCGGAUGAGGCAGGAUGGCACGGUGGAGGUCAGCGCUUUCACCGUCACCGGAAUCCUGUCGGUCUGCACUGCGGCCGCGGAUUUCCAGUGCGGGGCUGCCGUUCACGGGAUGGUGGUGAAGUCGGGACUCGACCACAAUGUUUCCGUGUGUAACGCCUUGGUGGAUCUUUAUGGGAAGUCCCAUGAUGUGGCCAGUGCGGCGAUGGUGUUUGAGGGGAUGGCAGAGCAGGACAGGGACUUGUUCAGCUGGAACUCGAUGCUGUCCGCAUUGCACUACUCGGCUGACCAUAUGGGGACAAUGAGGCUCUUUCGUAGGAUGAGGCAUGCUGCAGUAUGGCCGGAUGCAGUGACCGUUGCGGCUGUUCUCCCUGCAUGUGCGCAGACUGCUGCACUGAAGGUUGGGAGGACGGUGCAUGGGUACAUUAUCAUGAUCGGACUGGCUCGCGAUGGUGCAAUGGACGUGCGUGCUUGUAAUGCGCUGGUAGACAUGUAUGCCAAGAGCGGGGCACUGGAUGAGGCAUGCCGUGUAUUUUAUUGGAUGCGCCAACAGGACGUGGCAUCAUGGAAUAUUAUGAUCAACGGGUAUGCAUCCCAUGGGCGUGGGCAGGAGGCACUGGGGUUGUUCCGCCAGAUGACAGAGGUGAAAGGUCUGGUGCCAGACGAGGUAACUCUGCUGGCAGCAAUGUCGGCGUGCAGCCACUCUGGGUUUGUCGAAGAAGGGAGAAGUUUACUUAAGAGAAUGAAAGAGGAGUUCGGUUUGGAGCCGCUGAUGGAGCACUUCGCAUGUGUGACUGACAUGCUUGGGCGAGCAGGGAGGCUGGAUGAGGCGAGAAAGGUAGUAGAGGAGGCAGGAGAUGUAGGAGCUGGUGCAUGGAGGACAUACCUUGCAGCAUGCCGGAUGCAUGGUGAUAAAGAAAGGGCCCAAGAGGCAGCUAGGAUGCUGAUGACGACGAAGGAGCCUGGGAGUGGUGGAUGGGUGCUGCUAGCGAACACAUAUGGCUGGGAUGGAAACUUUGAGGGCCUGGAGGAGGUAAGGGGGGAGAUGAGACGGCAGGGAGUGCAGAAGCCUGCACCGGGCUGCAGCUGGGUUGAGGUGGGUGGAGGAAACGGCGAGAGCGGAACAGUUGGGCACGCUUUUGUUAGUGGCGAUAAGGAACACCCCUAG